CCUCAGUACUGGCGAGAGCGGUGGUAAACAUGGCGUCGGAAGGGAUGAUUUUAACCAACCACGACCACCAAAUACGAGUUGGAAUUCUAACGGUGAGUGACAGCUGCUUCAGGAACCUGGCUGAGGACCGCAGUGGAGUAAACCUCAAAGAUCUGGUCCACGACCCAUCACUGCUCGGAGGCGUCAUAUCUUCCUACAAAAUAGUCCCAGAUGAGAUUGAUGAGAUUAAGGAGACAUUGGUGGACUGGUGUGAUGAGAAGGAGCUGAACCUGAUUCUGACCACCGGAGGAACAGGGUUCGCCCCCCGUGAUGUCACGCCCGAGGCCACCAAAGAGGUGAUAGAGCGCGAGGCUCCAGGAUGGCCCUAGCUAUGCUGAUGGGCUCCCUUCAGGUCACACCUCUGGGCAUGCUCUCCAGGCUGUCUGUGGAAUCAGAGGCAAAACCCUCAUCAUCAACCU